GCUCCGAGGCGGUGCCCGGGGAGGCGCAUCCCGGCGAGGGGCAGCCCGGCCCCUUUUCCCUGGCGCAUCUCCCGGCCCUGGAGCCGCGGGAGGAUGAAGCAGGCGCUGGUGGACGACACCGAGGAUGUGUCCCUGGAUUUCGGGAGCGAGGAGGAGCUGGCGCUGCGGAAGGCGCGCAUCAGGCACCCACUGGCCACCUUUUUCCACCUGUUUUUCCGAGUGAGUGCUAUUGUUACCUACUUGUUCUGUGACUGGUUCAGCAACAGCUUUGUUGCCUGUUUUGUCACUAUUCUCCUCCUUCUAUCCUUUGACUUUUGGUCAGUCAAGAACGUGACAGGAAGACUCUUGGUUGGUUUGCGUUGGUGGAACCAGAUUGAUGAAGAUGGAAAAAGCCACUGGGUGUUUGAAGCAAAAAGGGUGCCUACAAUUGCUGCCUCAACUGAAGCUGAAGCCCGAAUCUUUUGGCUUGGUCUUAUCAUCUGCCCUGUGAUUUGGACACUGUUUCUCUUUAGCACCUUGUUCUCCCUGAAGCUGAAAUGGCUGGCUCUCGUGAUAGCUGGGAUCUCCCUGCAGACUGCUAAUUUGUAUGGCUACAUCCACUGCAAAUUAGGGGGACAAAAAACCAUCAGCAGAGUAACUUCGAGGUUGUUUGGCACAGCAGAUGUUCCCCAGAGGCAGAGCAGGAUUUCAGAAGAUGGAGCUGAAGAACAUGGCAAGGCAGUCCCUAGGUAAUCAAACAAGGAAGAACUCAAAGGAUGAGCAGUAAAACUACUAAUUCAUGAAAGCUGUUCAUCACGUGAAGAUAUUUAAAUAAAGCUCUUCUAGAAUUAUGCCUGCAUGAAAUAAUGUCAUUUGUGUUUGAGUCUUUAGAUCCUGAAAGGUUUAGAGCCUUUGUAACCUAAAAGCUUCCCCAAAAAUGAUUUAUACAGAGCAUGCUGCUUCCACGAAAACUAACCAGAAAGUGCUGGAUUAUCUUAGCCAAGAAUUAAAUGUAAUGAAAAGACAAUGCUAAAUUGUUUAUUUUGGAACUACAACAGACAAAAUCAAACUGCC